AUGUAUAACGCACAACAAGGAAUAAACUGGCAUGAAAUACUAAGACAAGUAAAUUCUGAUCCAGAAUUAAAUUCGCAGAAUGUAAUUAAUAAAAUAGCAGAAGCAAUACUUAAAGCGCAUCCAAAUAUAAAUUUCAAUUUAAAUAAUGUAGCAUUAUUGCACAUUGCCAUUAAUUACAAUACAAAGACAGCAGAAGAAAAGAACAGAGUAGACACUAUAAACAUAGUAAAAGCUCUAUUAGAAACAGGCAUAGACGUUAAAGCUAAAGAUCCCACGGAUGACGAAACUUUUCUACUUAGAGCUACAAAAAGAAAAGAGAUAGAUAUAGAAGUAAUAAAAGCUAUCAUAAACGCAGGCGCAGAAGUUAAUGCUGCAUAUUGUGUAAGUAAAGUAACUUCUUUACAUAACGCUGCUUCUAAUGAUCGUUCAGAUAUAGUAAAAACUCUAUUAGAAACAGGUGCAGAUCCUAAUGCUAUAGACGUAUUUCAAGAUACUGCUUUGCAUGUUGCUUCUUUACAUGGUUAUGCAGAGGUAAUAUUUCAUUUAUUGACAGCAGGUGCAAAGGUUAAUGCUAAAGAUAAUCAAGGAGAAACUCCUUUACAUAACGCUGCUACUUUUAUUUCUCUAAAUCCCAAAAAAGCACAAAAGGGACAAAAGGUAAUAAAGAUUCUAUUAAUGUACGAUGCAGAUAUUUUGUCGAAAAAUGGAUGGGAUAAGACUCCUAUGGAUGUAACUAGAAAGGAUGAUAUAAAGUUGUUUAUAGAGAAAGCAUUCAAUGAAGUACGUAGUAUGAAAGGUGAGGAAAUUGAUACAAUAGUUGAUUACCUGCUCCCAGAAAUCGCUAAAUAUCUAACAGAUACUGGUGUAGAAAAAAUUGCUAAAAAGGCACUCACAACCACAAAACAUUGAUUGUAAAAAGACAAAAUAGGAUAUAAGUUCUCUUAAAAAAAAUAAGAGAACUUAGCUGUACGCUACUGGCGCUUUUAUCCCCUUCCUAUCCUAAAUCUCGUACACUUAUUUCUUA